AUGGACUGCUUGAAUGGCAUGGUGCAGGCCAUCCCUCUGAAAGUGCACGACUUCACGACGAGAGACGUGUCAAACGUGCUCUACGGAUUUGGCCUCCUUCGCCAUAGACCGGUUCGGGUUGCGCUGAUGCUCAUUGACACUCUGCCAACGAGGAUGCCGGAUUGUAGCAGUCAAACCUUGGCCAACACUGCGUACGCUUUGGCCUUGUUAAAUUUCAAGAACGAAAGCUUCUGGCGAGCGCUGGCAGAACAUGCGCCGGAGCGGGUCCAUCUUUUCAAAGCACAAGAGUUGGCGAUUAUUCUUUAUUCAUGUGGGCUGAUUCGCGCUCGACAUGAUGCGCUGUUACGGGCUUCAUGUGAGAACGCACGACUACGGCUGCAUGAGUUCAGUCCUCAAAAUGUCUCGAACAUGGUCUAUGCACUUGGCCUGCUUCGAUUUGUGGAUGCAUCAUUUCUGGAGGCAGCAUGCAAUGUUGCAUCAGAGAGCUUCGAGAUGUUCACGGCACAGGGUGUAUCCAAUAUGACAUACUCGCUUGGUCUCCUCGCGUUUACCAUGGAUGCCUUUCUGAAGCGUCUGUGCCUCGACUUGCCAAAGCGAGCCUGGGAGCUCUCUCCACAGCAUCUGGGAAACAUCGCCUUCGCCCUCAACCGAGAUGGAUAUCAGGACUCGCGCAGCAACGAGCAGCUUCUGUUGGACAGGCUGCGACUACGGAAUCCACGCGCCUGGAUGGCAGUAACAAAUAGCCAGGGCACAUUGAUGCCGCGAUCCUUGCAGAAGCUUUGCAAGAACCAGGCAGUCCAACUUGGGAGUCAGGAUGCAGAGCAGCUUCUACAGGGUCUUCUGGAUGCCGAGCCGCAGCAGAGAGACAACCCAGAUGGUACAUCAAAGCCAUGGUCACCGACAGACUCCGAGUCUCUGAAAACACAGUUUGCACAACUCUGCCGGCAGUUUGCUGCCGGGAAACAUUGCUUGACGUAUGAAGAAUGGCUCAACUGGGAUGAAUUAGAUGGUUGCAGGGGCGCAGGCGGGAGCAUAAGCACAGAAGGUGCUCGAAGCCUAUGGCUCAGAUUAGUCGGUGCCGGCAAUUUAGCCAAUGAGGCAGAUUUCGUGCGGCUGGCUCAGGUGAUGCGACAGGAGUGUGGCCUUGCAACAACGAUUCAGUCCUUUCUCCGCGGGAGUGUAGGUCGGCGCACAGCCCGGCAUCACGCAGAGGCUUGCCACUACCAGAGCACGUGCUUGGAGGCUGUGAAACUGGCGCCCUAUAAUCCGACGCCGGAGUGUGCCAUAAAGCAGGUGUUGGAUACCCUCGAAGUGCAGAGUGGAGACACGCUCUUUGAUCUAGGAUGUGGAGAUGGGAGAAUGCUCUUAGCAGCAGCCAGGCGAGGAGCUCGAGCAGUGGGAGUCGAAUAUGAUACCCGCUUCGCAGAAAAGGCCUCGGAAGCGAUCCGGGAAGCGAAGCUCGAGAGCUUGGCGGAGGUGAUCUGCGGCGACGCGCUGAAGGCGAACCUGUCAGAGGCGACGAAGAUCUUCGUAUACCUGGUUCCUGACGGACUGCGUAGGAUGAGUGCUGCGUUGUGGGAUGCGCAUUGCCAGCGGGGUGUUCCGAUCGCCAGCUACCUCUUCCAAUUGCCAGGAGUGUCCCAGAAGCAUGCUGUGUUGCCAGAUGCGUUUUGUUCAAGAAUAGGAAGGGCCCACGUUGACUGCACUCCUUGGCCUCUUCUGCACAGCAACGGCAAAGUCUUUUGCUUGUCGAGAGCCGGGCGCAUGGCGAAAGUUAUGGCGCAUGUUCGUUUGAAGGCCAACUGGGCCUGCCUCGUGUGGACAUGGGCUGCAAUACCAGCCUGCGCCUUGCAAACUCCCGCCGCCAUUUGCCUUCGCAUUUCCUUGGCCAGUACAAAAGAUGGGAAAACCACUGGCAAUGCACAAGAUAAGCAGCAGGCAAAGGAAGAAAACAAACAGUAUCAGGCGACCAUGUCCUUCUUGUCGCAAGUGCCGCUCUUCAUGAGACUGCCAAAGGACCAGCAUCCUAUCUUGGCAGCUGCCUGUGUAAACCAGCCGUUCAAGGCAGGUCAAACUAUCAUUACACAGGGUGAAGUGGGCAGAGAGUUCUUCAUCAUCCAGUCUGGAGAGGCUGAGGUGCUGGUUGGUGAACCGGGUAGUCAGAAGAAGGUCGCCGCGCUGAAGCAGGGCGACUAUUUCGGAGAAAACGCCUUGCUUCGGAACGAGCCCCGCUCUGCUACGAUCAAGGCGGUGACAGAAAUCAGGACUCUAAAGAUUACUCAGGAGAAGUUCCAGGACCUCGGUCUGAACGAAAAGAUCCAGUUUGCCAACAGAAAAGCAGUGGGUGCUGGAGGCAAACGGCAGCUGGUGGUACAGGCGCCCACAGAAAAGAACACGGAUGAGCGGCAGCUUAUGGAGAAAGCGCUCAAGAAGAACGAGAACAUCCAGACAAUGGUGAAACUAGACGAGAUCCGGGUAAAGCAGAUCAUUGACAUUGCCUGGAAGGAGAAUGUGCCUAGCGGGAAGGAAAUUAUCUCCGAAGGUGAUUUGAUUGCCGAUUACUUCUACAUCUGCCAGACGGGGACAUUUGAGAUUUUUGUUGCGGACACCAACAAGGGUGGUGGAGGGAAGCGCAAGCUGGUGCAAACUGUGACAGCCGGUGGAAGCUUUGGGGAGCUAGCGCUGCUCUACCUGGUGCCACGGGCAGCCACGGUCAUUGCGAAGGAAGACUCAUCAGUUUGGGUCAUCGAUCGCAAGAACUUCAAAGACAUUCUGAUGAAGGUCUCUGACGAGAAGAUUCAGGAGUACGUGAAAUACUUGAGCAGGGUUGAAAUUUUGAGCAGUUUGCUCGCUGCAGAGAAGCAGCAAGUGGCCAAAGCGCUCAUGGAGGUUCAUUUUGCGAAGAACGAGGUGAUCAUUCAACAAGGUGAUCCAGGCACAACUUUUUACAUUCUCUUUGAAGGAGAGGUUGCAGUCUCGAUAGAUGGCGACGAAAAGGUUCGGCUCCAGGCUAGCGAAGACAGGGGAACAGCUCAAUAUUUUGGCGAGCGUGCCCUGUUGCACAACGAGCCGCGGGCGGCGACGGUGAGGGUAGUGUCCAAGGAUGCCAAGGCACUGGCGCUGGACAAGGAAGCCUUUGACCUGCUGCUGGGACCCUUGGAGGAAAUCCUGGCUCGCAAAGACCAGGGAAAUCAACCAUCAAAGGGUGCUGUCGCUCCUCCUGCAGGAGGAGCAGGUGGUGGCCGGGAUCCAAACAGGCCAAAGAUCCUGAUGACUGAUCUCCAGAAGAUUGGCCUCCUCGGAGCCGGCGGCUUCGGUGCCGUUGAGCUCUGGGAGCACAAGUCGAGUGGAGAGACCUAUGCCAUGAAAUGCAUCAGCAAGGGUUUCAUCGUGAAGACGGGAAUGCAGGACAGUGUGAUCACUGAGAAGAACAUCCUCUUCAUGACGAACUCAGACUUCAUCAUUCGUCUGUACGAGACGUAUAACUCCAAGCAGUCGAUCUAUUUCCUGAUGGAGCCUGCUUUGGGCGGAGAAUUGUACUCGAUGUACCAGAGGAAGGGCUUCUACGGAAGCGAGAAGCAUGCGAGAUACUACUCUGCCGGUGUGGUAUGUGCCUUCGAACAUCUGCACGAAAGACACAUUAUCUACAGGGAUCUGAAACCGGAGAACCUGCUCCUCAAUGAGAAGGGUCAUCUUAAGGUCACAGACAUGGGCUUGGCGAAGUUUGUCAUCGGCAAGACCUACACGACCUGUGGCACUCCGGACUAUUUCGCCCCAGAAGUGAUUGCGUCGACUGGACACACCCAUGCCGUGGACUGGUGGAUGCUCGGGGUCCUCGUCUUCGAGUUCAUGACUGGAUCGGCUCCUUUCGAAGCGCCAUACCCUAUGCAGAUCUAUGCGAAAGUUCUGAAGGGCAUCAACUCUGUGAAGUUCCCUCCGCAGCUAUCGCCCCAAUGUGUGGAUCUCAUAAAGGCAAUCUGCCAAAAGGAGCCAGCAGACCGAUUACCGAUGCUUCCUGGUGGUGCCAAAAACCUGAAGGCCCAUGCCUGGUACAAAGGCUUCAACUGGGACAAGUUUACGGAGUUCACUCUGGAUCCCCCCUUUGCACCGAAGGUGAGGGGCAAGAAGGACUUGGCAAACUUCAGCGUCCAUCCUGAUGAGAUGCCGCGUUUCAUCGAGUACGUGGACGAUGGAAGCGGGUGGGACAAGGACUUUGCAACGUGCUGA